AAAAGAGAAAAAGUGACGUGAUUUUGGUAUUUAUCAGCCAUUUUGUUUCUUUAUUCUUAUUUACUAUCGGGAAUAAUUGAAAUAAACAAUUAUAUAAAUAUCAUGAUUGCAUAUUUUUGUUUCACUAAACUGAUUUGUUUUUUAUUGGUGUUUUAAUGAAUUGUAAAUAGCAGCACUGUCUUUGUUAAUAAAGUUUUGUGGGCGGGGCUUAACCCUGACCAAUAGGGAAGCCUUUCGUCGAGUGCGUAUGCAGGGAGCCUGCUUUACGGUCCUGUCCACUUCCGGAACCACGGAGUCGGCUUCUUCUCUUCCCGCAGUUUUGAACGAAAUUUCCACGGAUUCUGCGUGACAUGUUACGUCACUGAACGCAGCGAGCUAGCGCCCGCGGGUCCUCGCGUGGAGUUUGUCCCUCGCGGGAACCGGUCGCUGGCAGCUCCGCUGGAAGUGGGUCCGCGCGCGGCCGUCCUGCUUUAGAAUGGGACCCGCGAGCCUCCAGAAGAUCUUGGAGCUGCAGAAGAACCCGAGGAACAUCAGGAACCUCUGCAUCCUGGCCCACGUGGAUCACGGGAAAACGACUCUGGCCGACUGCUUGGUGGCGAGUAACGGCAUCAUCUCGAGUCGGCUGGCGGGGAAGCUGAGGUAUCUGGACAGCAGAGAGGACGAACAGAUCCGAGGAAUCACCAUGAAGUCCAGCGCCAUCUCUCUGCACCACAGGAACGGAGGCCAGGAGUUCCUGCUCAACCUGAUCGACUCUCCGGGUCACGUGGAUUUCUCCUCUGAGGUUUCUACGGCUGUCCGCCUGUGUGACGGCGCCCUGGUGCUGGUGGACGCCGUGGAGGGCGUCUGUCCUCAGACCCAGGUGGUGCUCCGCCAGGCGUGGUUGGAGAACAUCAGACCCGUUCUGGUCAUCAACAAGAUGGACCGGCUCAUCAUGGAGCUGAAGCUCACCUCCAUGGAGGCCCACGACCACCUGAAGAAGAUCCUGGAGCAGGUGAACGCCGUCACAGGAAGCCUGUUCACCUCCAAAGUUCUGGAGGAGCGAGCAGAGAAGGAGAAGAAGGAGGAGGAGGAGGAGACGAUGGCGGGGGAACAGGUCUACGACUGGAGCGCCGGGCUGGACCAGGUCGACGACUCACAUCUGUACUUCUCUCCAGAGCAGGGAAAUGUGGUCUUUGCCAGCGCCGUGGAUGGGUGGGGCUUCAGAACUCAGCAGUUUGCUGACCUCUACAGUCAGAAGAUGGGCGUGAGGGCCGCCGUUCUGCAGAAAACGCUGUGGGGCGAUUUCUACCUGAACGCCAAAGCAAAGAGGAUCAUGAAAGGAGCUCAGGCCAAAGGGAAGAAGCCUCUGUUCGUGCAGCUCGUCCUGGACAACAUCUGGAGUUUGUACGACGCCGUGGUGGUCCAGAGAGACAAGGAUCGGGUGGAGAAGGUGGUGCGUUCUCUCGGGGUGACGUUGAUGCCGAGGGACCUGCGACAUUCUGACCCUAAAGUGCUCCUGAGCGCCAUCUGCAGCCAGUGGCUGCCCGUGUCCAAGGCGGUUCUCUCCAUGGUCUGUGAGAAGCUCCCGAGUCCGCUGGACAUUAGCGAGGAGCGCGUGGAGAAGCUGAUGAGCGUGGGAGCCCGGCGCUUCGACUCUCUGCCAGAAGAGACGCAGGAGCUGAAAACAGCAUUCCUCCAGUGUUCGAGCGCAGAAAACGCUCCGGUCAUCAUCUUCGUGUCCAAGAUGUUUGCUGUGGACCCCCAGGCCCUGCCUCAGCAUAAGCAGAGGCCGUUGAACCAGGAGGAGAUGGCUCGGCGCCGAGAGCUGGCUCGCCAGCGACACGCCGAGAGGAUGGCAGCAGCAGAAACCCACCAGUCCACACCUGAGGACCAGGAUGCAGAGCCUGACUCAGCUAAGACGGAGCCGGAGGAGGAGCAGAAGGAGGUCUUCGUAGCUUUCGCUCGAGUCUACAGCGGGAAAGUCAAGAAGGGCCAGAAAGUCUUUGUUCUCGGACCGAAGUACGAUCCCGCCCAGGGCCUCCAGCUGCUCUCUGAGGGAAGCAGCGACUCCGAGGUUCCUCACCUGUUCCGCUGUUCUCUGCAAACCCUGUACCUGCUGAUGGGCAGAGAGCUGGAGGAGCUGGAGGAGGUUCCUGCAGGGAACGUUCUGGGGAUCGGCGGUCUGGAGGAUUUCGUCCUAAAGUCGGCGACGCUGUCGGUCUCGCCUGCGUGCCCCCCCUUCACCCCCAUCAGCAUGGAGGCCACACCCAUCGUCCGGGUCGCCAUUGAAGCCAAACAUCCAAGCGAGAUGCCGAAGCUGGUGCGCGGGAUGCGUCUGCUGAACCAGGCGGAUCCGUGCGCCCAAAUCCUCAUCCAGGAGACGGGAGAACAUGUUCUGGUGACGGCGGGGGAGGUGCACCUGCAGCGCUGCCUGGAUGACCUCAGAGAGCGGUUUGCUAAGGUGGAGAUCAGCGUGUCCAAGCCCAUCAUCCCCUUCAGAGAAACGGUUGUCCGUCCUCCUAAAGUGGACAUGGUGAACGAGGAGCUGGGAAAGCAGCAGAAGGUCGCCGUCAUCCGUCAGGUGAAGGAGGAAUCUCCUCAAGGACGUCUGUCUGACGGCGUGCACGUGGACCCCGGCGGCCUGGUGACCAUCACCACCCCCAACAGACUGGUGACGGUCUCUGUGCGGGCCAUGGCCCUCCCACACGAGGUGACCUGCCUGCUGGAGAGCAGUUCAGACGUCAUCCGGACUCUGGAGCAGGUCAGCAUGUCGCUCAGGGAGGGGAGGACGCUGGACGUCAGCGCCAGAACCUUGGAGGCCAUUGCAGGGCUGAAGGCCCAGCUGGAGAGUCUGCUGCAGGGGAGGAGGUGGAGGGAUGUCGUGGACCAAAUCUGGGCUUUUGGGCCUCGCAGGUCUGGCCCCAACAUCCUCCUGAACAGCCUGAAGGACUACCAGCGGCCCUCGCUGUGGCAUAGUCUGGACCGGGCCAGCAGAAGCUCCCAGGCGGCCCCCGCCCUCCGAGACUUUGACAACAGCAUCGUCAGCGGGUUCCAGCUGGCGACCCUGUCGGGGCCCAUGUGUGAGGAGCCCAUGAUGGGGGUCUGCUUCUCCGUGGAGAGGUGGGACGUCCAGACGUCUGCUCCUCUGAAGGAGGACGCGGCAGCUUCCCCUGACGUCUCUGGAGGCGGGGCGGCGGGGCACGCCCAGGCCGCCACAGACUGCUACGGCCCGGUUUCUGGACAGCUGAUCGCCGUCAUGAAGGAGGCCUGCCGCCAGGCCUUUCAGGCGCAGCCGCAGAGGCUGAUGGCCGCCAUGUACACCUGCGAGAUCGUGGCCACGGCAGACGUGCUUGGUCGGGUUUACGGCGUUUUGGGGAAGAGGGAGGGUCGAGUCCUCCACGAGGAGAUGAAGGAGGGGACGGACGUUUUCAUCAUCAAAGCGGUUCUUCCCGUCGCCGAGAGCUUCGGCUUCGCAGAUGAGAUCCGCAAACGGACCAGCGGACUGGCCAGUCCUCAGCUGGUCUUCAGCCACUGGGAGGUGAUCAGCAGCGAUCCGUUCUGGGUUCCCACCACAGAAGAAGAGUACCUGCACUUCGGAGAGAAAGCCGACUCCGACAAUCCGGCGCUCAAAUACAUGAACGCCGUCCGGCGGCGGAAAGGGCUCUACGUGGAGGAGAAGCUGGUGGAGCACGGCGAGAAGCAGAGGACUCUGGGAAAGAACAAGUAGAGACUUGGAGGUUCUGCUCAUUUGUUCUGCAGGAUCAGAGUUUGGGUUUCUACUGACACCAAGUGUUGGACAGGAAGCUGCAGGUUUGUGGAGAACCUCGUGUGCAGAACAUCAGAAUUCUGCCUUUGGAAAGAAAUUUGGAUUGAAAACAUCGGUUCUGGUUCUGAACGCGUAGAAGGAAAACAAACAUUAACAUCCACGUUUGUGAGAAACAGCAGCUGUUGGCAGAAACGGCGUCUGGUUUGGAGAAAACGCAGUUAUUUGAAAACUAACCUCUAAAGAAACGACACCAAGUUUGAGAAGAUCAGGAAGAAGUCUGAAACACUCACAGGUGAAACGAUCGGAGAACUUUUUCUACAUUCUGGAAAAACGACUGAAACGUGAGAUGAAAAAUAAAGAUUAGAGAGAUGAGACCU